GAGGGCGGGGUUGAAGGUUUCGAUUAGUUGUCGCCGCUGCUGGGGAAGGUAAAGCGGUGACGGCGGCUUCAGGAGCUGUGGGGUCCCGGACUGGAGGUGGGGGACUCGGCGGGGGGAUCAUUUAAUACCUCACGUUAGAACAAAUAUGUGAACGUUCCUGCCAACUUGUGAGAAUUCUUCCUUUGGACAAUUUUUGUUCUACUUACUGCUCCACUUUCUUAGAAGUUCUAUUUUGAUGCCAUGUUCUGUGGCCUGCAUCAAAAGGGGAGUUUGUCUUCAUGAAGAUUCCUAACAUUGGUAAUGUGAUGAAUAAAUUUGAGAUCCUUGGGGUUGUAGGUGAAGGAGCCUAUGGAGUUGUACUUAAAUGCAGACACAAGGAAACACAUGAAAUUGUGGCAAUCAAGAAGUUCAAGGACAGUGAAGAAAAUGAAGAAGUCAAGGAAACGACUUUACGAGAGCUUAAAAUGCUUCGUACUCUCAAGCAGGAAAACAUUGUGGAGUUGAAGGAAGCCUUUCGUCGGAGGGGGAAAUUGUACUUGGUGUUUGAGUAUGUUGAAAAAAAUAUGCUUGAAUUGCUGGAAGAAAUGCCAAAUGGAGUUCCACCUGAAAAAGUAAAAAGUUAUAUCUAUCAGUUAAUCAAAGCUAUUCACUGGUGCCAUAAGAAUGAUAUUGUUCAUCGAGAUAUAAAACCAGAAAAUCUCUUAAUCAGCCACAAUGACGUUUUGAAACUAUGUGACUUUGGUUUUGCACGGAAUCUAUCAGAAGGUAAUAAUGCUAAUUACACAGAAUAUGUGGCCACCAGGUGGUAUCGGUCCCCAGAACUCUUACUUGGAGCUCCCUAUGGAAAGUCUGUAGAUAUGUGGUCAGUGGGCUGUAUUCUUGGGGAGCUUAGUGAUGGACAGCCUUUAUUUCCUGGAGAGAGUGAAAUUGACCAACUUUUUACUAUUCAGAAGGUGCUAGGACCACUUCCAUCUGAGCAGAUGAAGCUCUUCUACAGCAAUCCUCGCUUCCACGGGCUCCGGUUUCCAGCUGUUAACCAUCCUCAGUCAUUGGAGAGAAGAUACCUUGGAAUUCUAAAUAGUGUUUUACUUGACUUAAUGAAGAAUUUACUGAAGUUGGACCCAGCUGACAGAUACUUGACAGAACAGUGUUUGAAUCACCCUACAUUCCAAACCCAGAGACUUUUGGAUCGCUCCCCUUCAAGGUCAGCAAAAAGAAAACCUUACCACGUGGAAAGCAGCACUUUGUCUAAUAGAAACCAAGCCAGCAAAACUGCUGCCCUGCAGUCUCACCACAGAUCUAACAGCAAGGACAUCCAGAACCUAGGUGUGGGUCUGCCCCGGGCUGAUGAAGGUCUUCCUGCCAACGAAAGCUUCUUAAACGGAAACCUUGCUGGAGCUACUCUUAGUCCCAUGCACACCAAAACCUACCAAGCGAGCAGCCAGCCUGGGUCCGCCAGCAAAGAUCUGACCAACAACAACAUACCACACCUUCUCAGCCCCAAAGAGGCCAAGUCAAAGACAGAAUUUGAUUUUAAUAUCGACCCAAAGCCUUCAGAAGGCCCGGGCACGAAGUACCUUAAGUCAAGCAGCAGAUCUCAGCAGAACCGGCACUCAUUUAUGGAAAGUUCGCAGAGCAAAGCCGGGACGCUGCAGCCCAGUGAAAAGCAGAGUCGGCAUAGCUACAUCGACACCAUUCCCCAGUCCUCUAGGAGUCCCUCCUACAGGACCAAGGCCAAAAGCCAUGGGGCACUGAGUGACUCCAAGUCCGUGAGCAACCUGUCCGAAGCCAGGGCCCAGAUGGCAGAGUCCAAUACCAGUAGGUACUUCCCAUCCAGCUGCUUGGACUUGAACUCUCCCACCAGCCCAACCCCCACCAGGCACAGCGACACGAGAACUUUGCUCAGCCCCUCGGGGAGAAAUAACCGAAGUGAGGGCACUCUUGACUCACGCCGAACCACAACCAGGCAUUCUAAGACGAUGGAGGAGCUGAAGCUGCCGGAGCACAUGGACAGCAGCCAUUCCCAUUCGCUGUCGGCACCUCAUGAAUCCUUUUCGUAUGGGCUGGGCUACACCAGCCCCUUCUCCUCCCAGCAGCGUCCACACAGGCACUCCAUGUAUGUGACCCGGGACAAAGUGAGAGCCAAAGGCUUGGAUGGAAGCCUGAGCGUAGGACAAGGGAUGGCGGCCAGAGCUAACAGCCUGCAGCUCUUAUCACCUCAGCCUGGAGAGCAGCUCCCUCCAGAGAUGACUGUGGCGCGAUCUUCCGGGAAGGAGUCCUCCAGAGAAGGCACCUCUUCCUUCCAUGCAAGGCAGAAGUCUGAGGGUGGAGCAUAUCAUGACCCCCAUUCUGAUGAUGGCAAUGCCCCCAAAGAAAACAGACACCUGUACAAUGAUCCUGUUCCGAGGAGAGUCGGCAGCUUCUACCGAGUGCCAUCUCCACGUCCAGACAAUUCUUUCCAUGAAAAUAACGUGUCAACCAGAGUUUCUUCCCUACCAUCAGAAAGCAGUUCUGGAACGAACCACUCAAAAAGACAACCAGCAUUCGAUCCAUGGAAAAGUCCUGAAAACAUUAGUCAUUCUGAACAACUCAAGGAAAAGGAAAAACAAGGUUUUUUCAGGUCAAUGAAAAAGAAAAAGAAGAAAUCUCAAACAGUGCCCAAUUCUGAUGGCCCUGAUCUUCUGACAUUACAGAAAGCCAUUCACUCUGCUAGCACCCCGAGCAGCAGACCAAAGGAGUGGCGUCCUGAGAAGAUCUCUGAUCUACAGACCCAAAGCCAGCCAUUAAAAUCGCUGCGCAAGCUGUUACAUCUCUCUUCAGCCUCAAAUCACCCGGCUUCCUCAGACCCCCGCUUCCAGCCCUUAACAACUCAACAAGCCAAAAAUUCCUUCUCAGAAAUUCGGAUUCACCCCCUGAGCCAGGCGUCUGGCGGGAGCAGUAAUAUCCGGCAGGAGCCAACACCAAAGGGCAGGCCAGCCCUCCAGCUGCCAGGUCAGAUGGACCCUGGUUGGCAUGUGUCCUCUGUGACCCGGAGUGCCACAGAGGGGCCUUCCUACUCUGAACAGCUGGGUGCCAAGAGUGGGCCAAAUGGGCACCCUUAUAACAGAACAAAUCGGUCCCGAAUGCCAAAUCUGAAUGAUUUAAAAGAGACAGCCUUGUAAUGU